AUGGCACAAAGAACCUUGAGGGAGCUAGCUGCUCCCGACUUAAUUCAGCACCCUUUGUGUAUUACUUUUCCUGCUAUAGCCGAUAAUACGGCAUUUGAACUUAAAUCUGGACUAAUUCAUUUAUUGCCGUCUUUUCAUGGCUUGGCAGGGGAGGAACCACACAAGCACUUGCAGGAAUUCGAUGUGGUAUGUACGAGUAUGAAACCUCCGGGAGUCACUGAGGAUCAAAUAAAGCUCCGGGGUUUUCCAUUCUCUUUGAAGGAUGCAGCUAAAGAUUGGAGGAUCAUCGAUGCUGCCAGUGGAGGCGCUUUAAUGAAUAAGACUCCGAGAGAAGCUUGGGAAUUGUUGAAUGAUAUGGCCAUGAACUCUCAACAAUUUGGGCCGAGGGAUGUCGUGGGAAUGAAAGAAGCUGUUGAGGUAAGUUCUCCUACGCAACAACAAUUGAAUCAGCUAACUGCUUUUGUGAGGAAACUUGCUAUAGGUAAUGCUCAAGUGAAGCCGUGUGGAAUUUGUGGGAGUGUUGAGCAUCCCACGGAUGCUUGUCCCACACUAAGAGAAGAGGUGGAAGUGCGUGCUGCAGAUUUUGCACCGAGAAACGCUUAUGACCCUUAUUCGAACACAUUCAACCCGGGAUGGCGAGAUCACCCCAACUUUAGUUAUGGGAAUCAACAAUCCUAUGGUCAGCAACAACCGCCAGGUUUCCAGUCAUAUGGACAACAGCAACCACAAAGGACCAUGCCCCAAGCCUCCAUGCCUGGUAACUCUUUAUAUGAUAUGGUGAAAUCAAUUGCGUCUAAUUUUUUGCAAUUUCAGCAAGAGACAAGAACGAGUAUUAAAAAUUUGGAAGAUCAAAUGUCUCAAGUUGUGAAGGAGGUGCGGGAUAUGAAAGAGAGGGAGAAAGGCAAGCUACCGGCUCAAACCCACAUGAACCCGAGCAAUGUUAGUUCAAUGGUCUUGCGAAGUGGUAAGGAGCUGAAGGGUUCGAAGGUGAUUACUGAAAAAGAGAAAGCUGGAGAGCAGAUUGAAAAGGAGAUUGAGCAAGAAGCGAACAAGUCAACUAAUCAGGUGAAUUCUAAACCUCUUAUUCAAUCAAAUGUUAAUGUUGCUCCAUUUCCUCACAGGUUAGCAAAACCGGCUAAAAAUAAAGACAAGGAGAUCAUGGAGAUGUUUAAGAAAGUGGAGCUAAGCAUUCCUUUGCUUGACGCAAUUAAGCAAGUCCCCCGUUAUGCAAAAUUUCUGAAGGAGUUGUGUACCAAGAAGAAGAAGUUGAGAGGAGACGAGAAGGUGCUAGCGGGAGAGACUGUGUCCGCCGUGCUGCAAAAAAAUUGCCACAAAAAUGCGGAGAUCCAGUCUAUUUUUAACUCUUUGAACAUUAGGCCCUUGAAAGAAACAGGGAUAGUGAUUCAACUAGCUGAUAGAACUUACGCUUACCCCGAAGGGAUAAUUGAGGAUGUUCUUGUGCAAGUGAAUGAGUUAAUAUUCCCUGUUGAUUUCUAUGUUUUAGAUAUGCAUGAUGAAAAUUCGCCUAAUCCUUCACCUAUUCUGCUUGGACGCCCUUUUAUGUGUACUGUACACACAAAAAUUGAUGUUAGGACAGGUACACUUACCAUGGAAUUCGAAGGCGUAAAAGUUCAUAUCAAUAUUUUUGAUGAAUCGAAUGAUCCCGUGGAACCUCAUGCUUUGUAUUGUGUAGAUGUCCUUGAUCAAAAUGUGCAGGAAGUCUUUGAAGUUUGA